AUGGCCAACGUCGCGGACCACUACGAUGAGCCCGUCUCGAUUGCUGUUAUUGGCGGCACCSGACUGCAAUCAUUGCCGCACUUUACACACGUAGCGACCCUCAAGCCCACAACACCCUGGGGAACACCCUCCUCGCCGAUCUYGAUCUUGCACCACCCCUCGCCAUCGACCGGUAAGCCCAUCGCCGUUGCCUUCCUCUCCCGUCACGGUCUACACCAUGAACUGGCUCCUCACGAGGUGCCCGCCCGCGCCAACAUUGCCGCUCUGCGCAAGAUCGGUGUCCGUACCAUCAUCGCCUUCUCCGCUGUCGGCAGUUUGCAAGAGCAGAUCAAGCCGCGUGACUUUGUAGUCCCGGAUCAGAUCAUAGAWCGCACCAAGGGCAUUCGCCCAUUCACCUUCUUCGAGGGCGGCAUGGUGGGACACGUUGGCUUUGCGGAUCCCUUUGAUGCCAAAGUUGGCGCUAUUGUGCGUAAAUGUGGGCAGAGUUUGGAGGGUGACGGGGUGAGGCUGCACAAUGAGGGCACAGUUGUGUGCAUGGAAGGUCCUCAGUUCUYUACGCGWGCUGAGAGUAACCUAUAUCGUACAUGGGGAGGCUCUGUCAUCAACAUGUCUGCUCUUCCAGAGGCCAAGUUGGCCAAGGAGGCUGAGAUUGCCUACCAGAUGAUCUGCAUGAGCACGGAUUAUGAUUGCUGGCAUACUUCUGAGGGAGAUGUCACGGUUGAGAUGGUCAUGGGCCACAUGAAGGCGAAUGCUGAGAAUGCUCGACGGUUUGUGGGUGCUGUGCUGGAUGAGCUGAGCAAGGAAGAGCACAAUGAUGUUGUACUUGCGAAGCAUCUCGAGGGAGAGACCAAAUUUGCUGGCUCCAUGACUGCUCCUGCGGGUAGAAGCGAGGAUGCGAAGAAGAAGCUCACAUGGCUGUUCCCAGGAUACUAUGAGUAG